AUGGCUUCUCUUAUCCCUAACAUCCUACCAAGGGAUCCCCACAGCCAAAUUUUCAUAGUAGGAGCAUCAUUAGUUGUCCUCAUCGGCUUCAUUUUUGCCAGCACUUUCCGUUUCUCGAAGAAAGUCGAUGAGGGUCCAGGCGGCCUUGCAUCCUUCUUGCGAUUCUUCUACGCCUCAUUCCUGAAACCCCAUACAGGAGAUGGCACCGGGAAUGGCCAGCAGGAUGCUCUCGAGAGCUUCUACAAGGCCCAGGCUGGCGUAUAUGAUGCGACCAGAAAGAGAUUGCUGCGUGGUCGCGAAGAUAUGCUUGGACUAGUGGCUGCUCAACUUGUCCACAAAGCUGGGAAUGAACGUACGCAGGACACAAAGCGUAUUUGGGUUGAUAUUGGGGGAGGAACAGGCUGGAACAUCGAAGCAAUGUCCGGGUUCGUCUCGGUUCCGGAGUUCUUUUCAAGCGUUUAUCUUGUUGAUUUCUCCCCCUCACUCUGCGAAGUAGCUCGGAAGCGGUUCGCGCGCUUGGGUUGGACGAAUGUGAAAGUUGUCUGCCAGGAUGCGAGGACCUUCCGUUUAGAAGAUCAUGAAAAUGGUGCUUCUGAUGCUGUGGGUUAUGCCGCCUCCACCAAUCCUAGUUAUUUUGCAGAGAAGACUGGCAGUGUUGGUGGUGCAGACCUCGUAACACUGUCGUACAGUUUGUCGAUGAUCCCCGAUUUCUAUUCUGUCAUCGACUCGUUAAGUGCUCUACUUGCACCAUCCGGUACAAUUGGAGUGGUUGAUUUCUACGUCCAGUCGAUCGUCGAUCUGAGCUGCAGAAACUACACUGGUGGAGCUAUCAAUCGUCAUGUGAACUGGUUUGGCCGGCUUUUCUGGCGUGCCUGGUUCGAUGUCGACCGUGUUGGUCUUGAGGCCGGCCGGAGAGAUUAUCUCGAGUAUCGCUUUGGCACCGUUCUUAGUGCUGAUUCUCGGAACUAUCUCCUGGGAUCGAUUCCGUACUACGUGUGGCUCGGCUGCUCAAAACGACCAGAUGCUUCCCUUAGCACGCCUAACUACCCUCAUGAGAUCGUUGAGCGUAUCGAUGCUGCAGUUACAGAAUCUCCAUAUUUGUCACCGAUUAAUCACACACAAACCCUUUCCCGCACUGUGGAGAGGUCAACGCCGCCCGAGAUCAGAUCAAAGGCAUUCGAUGCUGCUAUUAUCAACCUCUCGGCGAACCUUCCACUUCCAUCCUUCUUCUACCAGAACCACCACUGGAGAAUUCAUUACGACGACCAAUUGAAAAAGCAUACUCAAUUCAAGCAUGAGUAUAUCUAUGCUUUCACUUGGGAAGAUUCACGAGUUGAUUACCGCCUUCUGAAGCUUGGCCCUCAUGACGUUGUCCUUGCUAUUACCUCCGCCGGCGACAAUAUCCUAUCAUAUGCCCUAUCGUCACCAGCUCGCAUCCAUGCCGUGGAUCUCAACCCCAACCAAAACCAUCUUCUCGAACUAAAAGUCGCCGCAUAUAGUGCUCUCCCUUACGCCGACUUCUGGAAACUCUUUGGGCUUGGUAAACAUCCAAAUUUCCGCUCAUUGCUCAUCUCGCGACUAUCCCCUCACAUGUCAUCUCGUGCUUUUCAAUAUUGGCUAAAUAAUACCGACGUUUUCAUGUCUGCACGCGGAAAAGGACUUUACGAGACAGGGGGUUCCCGACAUGCUAUUCGUAUCGUUCGCCUGCUCAGCACCGCUCUUGGAUUCCGAGGUCAAAUCAAGAGGCUUCUCGAGGCCAAAACACUCAAUGAACAACGCGAGAUAUGGACGAAAAGAAUUCGUCCCUUGAUUAUGUCCAGGGUGCUUUCAUACUUGGUGGUUUCUCAGGAAAAGUUCCUCUGGGCAGCCCUUGGCGUCCCGCACAAUCAGUUAGCUAUGUUAGAAGCUGAUCAUAUAGCUGCCGAAUCGAUCCCAGGCGCACCAUCACCUUCAUCACCAUUAGGGCAUUCGGAGAAAGAACUGAACUCCAGCAGAGGCCAGGCAGUUUGGGAAUACAUGGUUCAAACCCUCGACCCAGUAAUCGAAUCCUCCAUAAUCGGCGAAGACAACCCAUACUAUCUUGUUUGCCUCCAAGGUGCUUAUUCGCAGCGCUGUCACCCUGACUACCUAAAGCCGAAAUCACACCAGAAGCUCUCCCGCCCCGGAGCAUUUGACGGCCUCCGCAUCCACACCGACGAAAUCAACGAGGUAGUCAACCGUUUGACUCCUGGCACACUCACCGUCGCAGUUGUCAUGGACAGCAUGGAUUGGUUUGACCCUGGUGCAGAAGCUGCAAAUACACAAAUCUCUAAGCUCAACCGCGCUCUCAAACUCGGCGGCCGCGUCCUGCUCCGCUCAGCGGCUUUGACACCAUGGUACAUUGCCGCUUUUGAAGAACAUGGCUUUACAUCCAAGAGGGUGGGCGCUAGGAUUGGAGGCGCCUGCAUUGAUCGAGUUAAUAUGUACGCAUCAUGCUACAUACUCACCAAGAUUGAGAAUCUUGCCCAGCCUACUUCUAGGACUCCUUCGAGGGAAAACUCCGUCGACCUUGAGACGCUUGAGAUUUGA